UGGCUGUGUUGGCGCGCUCGGGGCGUGGUCCUGGCUGAAGUGGAUGAUCUGAUUGGAGCGGCUGACGCGGAGGCGGAGCCUGCUCUGUUUAUUUACCUUCGGGAAGUGGAGCUCAGGCUGUCAGAUUUUAGUGUUAAGGCCGCUGCUGGAGACGAAUAUCCUCAUAUAGACUCCUGUACAUUCACUCCUAACCGCGUUUACAAGCGACAGUGCUCCGGAUUCACGGCGAGUGUGUGAAAUGUGCUGCUCGGCGCCUUUAAUGUGGUUUGGAGAAGGAAUCUUUUAAGCCCUAAGCAUCGCGAGGUCGUAGCGAAGGCUUGUUACGGAGUGCGCAUGCGCGGAGCUGACUGGAGUUGCCGGCAUGUUGUUAGACUAUAAUCUUAGUAUCUUAUUUGUGUGCUGCUGUGAGACUAACAACAGGAGAUCUUUUGGUUCUGGCACGGGUUUUGGAUCUUUUGGUUCUGACACUUAAGAUAUGAGGCCAGGCUUGAGAUCCAGAUAAGCUACUGUAGUUAAAUGGGACCAGACAGUCAGGUUAUCAGUCAAUUUGUAAUACUGUCAUUCACUGUAAGCCACUCCAGCAGAGAAGAUGAGAGUUUGGGUAGCUGUCGGUUGCAACCUGGCCUUCAUCCUUGUGGACACUGUAAUCAGCACUGUCCUCUAUGUCCAGGGGUCUACCGCUGAUGUAUUUGCAGAUGAUGUCCAAGAUUUUGACAUGCACCACUCCGUCCUGGACCUGUGGGGAACCCUCCUUGUCCGCGUUUGCAUCCUCCUCGGUGGCUCCAUCGGGGUGGUCUGGAACAAAAGCGACGGGCCUAAAAGAGCAGCCUGCCUGGACACGCCGGUGGUUCUCACAGGCCUCGUCAUCUUGACCUAUGCCCUGGCCAAGCUGCUGGUGUUCUCCGAGCAAGAUGACCUCAUGCACGACCCGUGGUUCCUUGGACUCUUCUUCUGGACGGUUGUGGCCGCUCUUGCCACCAUGUUUCUCUGGAAGCUUCUGGCCACGUUGUCGGACCACGGCGUCGCAGACAGAGAAGAGAGCGAAGAGAGGGAGCAGCUGGUGGACGAAAGAGAUGAGGGGGAAGAGGAGGAGGGAGGGACGAGUGGAAAGAGAAGGAAAGGGGCGAAAAAACAGCCGAACUCCGGGGCCACUUUGGGCCAACUGCUGUCGUACUGUAAGAAAGACACUGGGCUGCUGACCAUCGCCUUCUUCUUCCUCCUUCUGUCUGCAGUGUGUGAGUCCUUUAUUCCCUAUUUUACUGGAAAGGCCAUAGAUGGUAUCGUGAUUCAUAAGAGUAUGGAUUACUUUGCCAAACCCAUGAUUAUUCUGUCUUUGUUGGCCCUGUUCAGUUCUGUGGCCAUUGGGGUUCGAGGAGGCGUCUUUUCCUUGACGUUCGCCAGACUGAACAUUCGGCUACGUGACCUUCUGUUCCGGUCGCUGAUGCAUCAGGAGAUAGGCUUCUUCGAUGCUAACCAUACAGGUGACAUCACGUCUCGGCUGACCUCGGACACCACAGAGGUCAGCGACCUGAUCUCCCAGAACGUCAACCUUUUCUUGCGCAACUUUGUCAAGGGGGUGGGCUUCUUGAUCUUCAUGUUCAGCAUGUCUUGGAAGCUGUCUCUCGUCACUCUCAUGGGCUUCCCUUACAUUGGUGUGGUCUCCAAACUCUACGGCGACUAUUACAAGAAAUUAACCAAAGACGUCCAGACGUCGCUGGCGCACGCCAACAAACUGGCUGAGGAGACGAUCUCGGCCAUGCGGACGGUGCGGAGCUUCGCUAACGAGGAGCAGGAGUCCAACUCGUACUACGAAAGACUGCUGGAGGUCUUCAGACUCAACAAGAAACAGGCUCUGGCCUACGCCUGCUUCAUGUGGUCCACCUGUAUUUCGGAGCUGGCUUUGCAGGUGGCUAUGCUGUUUUAUGGGGGUCACUUGGUGAUAACAGGUCAGAUAAGUGGAGGAACCCUCAUUUCCUUCAUCGUCUAUGUGCUGGAACUGGGCGAAUGUCUGGAGUGCAUAGGAGCGGUGUAUACAGGCCUAAUGCAGGGCGUAGGGGCAGCGGAGAAAGUGUUCGAGUACAUCGACAGGAAACCCAAGCAGGGUCUCGAUGGCCUCGAAGCUCCUGACUCAUUCAGUGGCCUGGUGGAGUUCAAGAACGUGACGUUCGCCUAUCCUACAAGACCUGAGAUGGCUAUCCUGAAGGACGUGUCCUUCAGCAUUCGUCCAGGGGAGGUCACUGCACUGGUCGGUCCAUCCGGCAGCGGGAAGAGCUCCUGUGUGUGUCUUUUGGAGAACUUCUACUCUCCUCAAUGCGGCCAGGUGCUGCUGGACGGCCGGCCGGUUCAAAUCUACCAGCACGGCUACCUCCACUCCAAGGUAGCUAUGGUGGGUCAGGAGCCUGCCCUGUUUGCUCGUUCGGUGCUGAACAACAUCUCCUACGGCCUCAGCGACACUCCGAUGGAUACGGUUAUCGCAGCUGCUACCAAAGCUAACGCUCAUGACUUCAUCUGCAGCCUCCCCAAAGGCUACGACACAGGUGUUGGGGAGAAGGGGGCCCAACUGUCCGGAGGACAGAAGCAGAGAGUGGCCAUUGCUCGCGCCCUCAUCAGGAACCCCUGUGUGCUCGUGCUGGACGAGGCCACCAGCGCGCUGGACGCCGAGAGCGAGCAUGUGGUUCAGCAGGCCCUGAGCAACGUCAUGGAGAACCGCACGGUGCUGGUGAUUGCCCACAGGCUGAGCACAGUGGAGCGAGCCCACAGCAUCAUCGUGCUGGACAAAGGGUCAGUGGUGGAGCAGGGCCAGCACGCUGAACUGAUGGCCCGCGGGGGGCUCUACUGCAGGCUGGUCCAGCGGCAGGUGCUGGGGGUUGAGUCUGUGCCCAAAGAACCAUCCUUGAGCAGGAAGGCGGGACAGGAGGAGAGCGAAGAAGAGAGCAGCGAGGACGACCAUGAACCGAAAUACUGAGCAACGUCUGAAACCGUCCCGUCCUUAGAAACAGCACGAUUACAGCAGCGGUCAAAAAUUUGGGCACACCUGAUUGCAAUGAUGGUUUUCAUAGUCUGAAUGACAUUCUGAGAUCACGUGUGCAAAAGUUUGAGGGUCCAUGGUCAAAUGGGAGGGUGUUGAGUUUUAACACAAGCACUUAGCGGCAGAUACAUGACAACUAAUAUUUUAUUUACGGUUUGACGGAAUUUACCAUUUUGCUUGCCUCUCACUACAAUCCCCCAG